GAUACCAAGUUGGUUGGAAGGAGCAGCAGGUUAAGAGCGGGUCUUCAAGGCGAAACUAGUGUUGAGUAGUGAAAUCCAAUUGUUCAGAUAGCUUGAAGCAAUGGGUUCAAAGAAGACGGGAAAAUCAAAAGAACGCAAAGAUUCAACAAAAAAAGUGGAGAAGGUUGCUAGUCCAAAUGAGACUGAUGACGUGGUUGAUGAUAAAGACGAUUCUGUAUCAGCAGAAACUAUGACGACCACUGAAUCAGCGAAAGGAAAAACCAGAGGGAAGCGAACUGUGGUUGCAAUGUACAAGGUAGUGGUGAAGAAAGCACUUGGGAAGAAAUUUAAAGUUACAUACAGUGACACGGGCAAUCCAAACGGCAGAACACGGCACACUCUACAGUCAUAUAUAGCCAUGUUGGUGCGGACAAUGGUUCCCAUCAACGUGGAAAGCUGGCCUGACGUGGAUCCUGAUUUGAAAGCAAAUAUUUGGACAGAUAUUCAGGAUACAUUCAAAGUAGCCCCUGAAAGCAGAAAACUAGCGUUGUCAUCAGCUGGCGUGAAAUGGAGAUACUUCAAGACCACAUUAACAAGGAAGUAUGUUCUGCCAUUCUUGGGAAAGAAGAAAAAAUUGAGAAAGCCACCAAAGCAGUACUCCUAUGUUGGCCUACAACCGUGGAGGGAAUUUGUAAAACAACGGACUAGUGAGGCAUGGCUGAAACUUCAUCAAAAACAAAGUGAACGAGUGAGGAAGAGAAAGUACCAUCACAGAUUAUCAAGAAAGGGAUACCUUGGACUAGAGGACAAAUUGAAACGAAAGUUGCCUGAAGGAGAGGUAAUUGAUCGUGCAAUUAUGUGGAAGAAAGCCCGUAUACCAAAAAAUGGAAAGAUAGAUGAAGAACUCUCAUUGGUGGCAGCAAAAAUAGAUGAACUGUUGGAGAAGAAGAGUAAAGGUGAGUUGGAAAUCUCAGGGAGGAGUGAUGUCUUGUCUCAAGCUCUAGACACUCCUGAACACUCGGGUAGGGUGAGGGGUGUUGGAGGCUUCGUCAACCCAUCCUCCUACUUUAAUCUGCCAAAGAAGAAAAGGAUUCGAAUUACUAAGGCAGAUAUAUUGGCCCGUGAUCAGGAGCGUGAUAAAGAGUUGGAGGACACAAAGAAAAUGCUUCUUGCGCAGCAAGCAAAGACGGAAGGCAUGCUAUAUAAAAGGAUUGCACAGCUAGAAGCACUAGUAACAGGGAAGAUAGCCAUGCAUCCGCCUGCAACCGGGGACAAUGUCAUUUCCCCUAUAUCCGACAAAGGCAGCUUCCAUGAUAAAUCAAGAAUUGACGCCCCUGAUCAUAAUGAUGCCAAGGUCAUGGAAAAUGUGGAGGAAUGUGACAUUAUACAUACUCCUGGAAAGGGUGCCGGGGUAUGUGAGCUAGCAGUGGAUAAUAUCAAUAAUAUAGUUGCUUUCGGUUCCGUAUUCGAAGAGGGGGAACUAAGCAAGACACUGCAUGGAGUUCCAUUAAAGGAGGGAACUGUUCGUGUAUCGGUGGAUGGUAUACUAAAACCAGAUGCGGCGCUUCCUUUCCCCAUCGAGGGUGAGAUGGAAUUCGUUAGGGAAGCUCUUGGGAGUCACGUAGCUUGGCCUGACGAUCUUAUUGUGCGGACAAUGUUUAAGAAAAAGAAGAAGAAUUCGCAAUCCGUCAAGUCAUUGUUUGAUCAAGUUGAGAUUAAUCCGUGGGUGCCGAAGCGCUGCAAGUUGUUGUAUAAACAUGCAACAACUAUCAUGACCGAGACGAGGAGCUCAAUAACCACGGUGUUUUCUAAAGAAGUGUUUGGCGAACCCACGCAACUCUUUAUCUUGUCUGAGAAUGUGAUUAAUCUGUUGGAGAUGCAGUGGAUUGGCCAAGGAGUUAUAGCAGCAUAUGAGGGGUACUUGCAUGAACUUAUUGCUGAAAGGGACCUUUUGGACACCUUUGCUUUUGUUGAUCCGGCAGCUACAUAUAAUUGUCAAAGACCGGACUUUGUGCGGUACUUAGUUGAUCGGUUAAAAGAGGGAAAAUCUGAUCGUAUUUUCUUUAUGCCUUACAAUCCGGGGAAGCAUUGGAUAUUAACUAUCCUAUGGGAAGGAGAAAUCUACAUGUUGGAUCCGUUGCCAAAACCAAUCCAUUACAAAGAAUGGGAGACCUCGGUGAUGAAUGCGGUCAAAACCUUCAAUGCUGAAACUGGAAGGGUCAACAAACUGCCUAAAGUAAAACCGCUUCCGGGCGUACCUAAACAACCGGGUGGGGUUGAGUGUGGCUAUUAUGUUAUGCGAUACAUGAAGGAAAUUAUAGAGGAUGAGACACUUUCAUUUCCAACCAAGUGGGCAGUAAAGACGCGCAAAUCAUAUAGCCAAGCUCAAAUUGACGAGGUGCGCAUUGAAGUGGCUGAUUAUAUACAGACUUGGGUGUAG